UUAUCACGAUAAAUUUUUUGACAGUUCGACAGCGACAAGUUGAGUUGUCGCACGAUGUAAAGUUUAUAAAUUAUUAGAAAAUCAUUACUAAAGUUUGUGUAAAUGAAAUAGGAUACGAUACUAGACACUACCGUUUAUUCAGUAACGUUAUUUUCCUGUAAAAUCCAAUAUCUAAAGUUAUUAUCGUGCGAGGUUAGAACCGCUUGUCAAGUACACGUAUGCAGCUAUGUUAGUCUUAUGUUCAGAUUUUGUGAUUUUUGAGUGAAAUGACGUGAAAAGAACCCUAAGGAAACACACGAAAAACAAUGUUGCCCCUUACGCAAAAGGACACGCGGGCCCCGCGCGGAACUGUGGGUGGAAUACGUGAAAAGAUAGCAAAUUGGAUGAGACUAAUUUAUUCUGAUAAGAAUUCGAGGAAUCUAUUCCUGUUUCUUUUACUAAAUUUGUCCUUCGCAUUUGUCGAGUUGUUUUACGGUGUAUGGACGAAUAGUUUAGGUCUAAUUUCUGAUGCAUUCCACAUGUUCUUUGAUUGUACGGGGCUGGUGGCGGGGCUUGCGGCCUCCUUGGUGUCGAAAUGGCGCGCAAACGAACGGUUUUCGUAUGGCUACGCGAGAGCUGAAGUACUGGCUGGAUUUGUAAAUGGCCUGUUCCUGUUGUUUAUAGCAUUUUUCAUAAUGAGUGAGGCUGUGGAAAGAGCUAUUGAGCCACCAGAGGUAAAACAUGAACGUCUGCUGCUGGUAUCGAUACUGGGUUUCCUGGUGAACAUGGUGGGCAUUUACGCGUUCCACCACGGGCACGGUCACGGCCACGGGGGACAUGGUCACUCCCAUGGCGGCCACGGCCAUUCACACAACCACCAUGGUCAUUCCCAUGACGACGACAGCGAGGCCCCUACUGGCGCUGGCUCCGCCAUCAUGAGAGGAGUGUUCCUUCACGUACUGGCUGACACCUUAGGGUCCGUCGGUGUCAUCAUCUCAGCUAUCCUCAUGAGAACGUUCGGCUGGAUGAGAGCCGACCCCAUCUGCUCCAUGGCCAUAGCUCUCCUCAUAGCCGCGAGUGUGAUACCUUUAGUGCGCGACUCCGCGGGCGUGCUCAUGCAACGGACUCCUACCUCACUCGAGCGCGCGUUACCCAACCUUUACACGCGCGUGGUCGGCCUGGCCGGCGUGCACGCGGUCCAUGAACCGCACUUCUGGACGCUGUGUAGUGACGUCCACGUGGGUGCACUUAAAAUAGAAGUAGCCAAGGAAGUGGAUCCUAGGUACGUGACGGAGCAAACGUCGCGGAUCUUCCGCGAGGCCGGCGUCAAACAUCUGACGGUGCAGCUCGACUACUACCCACUCUGAUGAUCACAAAUAUACACAUGCCCACGCAGUGGACCCGUGUUUUGUAUAUAAGGAAAAUAAGUUAAUUAAAUGUACUGUGCAAUUAUGAUUUCGAUUGGAUGAUUGUAAGAUUUAAUUUUUGUAUGUUUUAUUAAUUAUGUUGUGAUGAAGAAAUUCGUUCUAUUUUUUUAACUGUACCCCAAACAUUUCCAUGAAUUUAUUUAUUGGAUACAAUCUGUAUUGCCUUUAAAUUACCUGCUUCAAAAGUAUUGGUUUAUUGUAUAUUAUUAUAGCAUUAAUUGUUUGCUAUGAAGUAUAGCUAUGUGUAGUAUAUUUUUAUAUUAUAUUUAUCAUUUUUAGUUACUUUUUUAUAUUUACCUAACAUUCCAAUUAAUCAGACGUGGAACUUUGUCACAUGGUAACUUUGAACACUGAAAUUGAACAAUAUUUUUGCGACAUCUAUGUGCUACAGGCUGGAAGUAUUGUACAAAAGUAUCGUGUUCUGAUAAUAAGUCGUUAGAAAGAAUGGAAAAUCAAGGCUGUCUUGCAUCACAAGUAAUUGGAAUAUAAUUUGUUUCAGCCCAUCUGGUCUGUAUGUCUAGUACAUAGGCGCGUAGCAGAUUCCCACUAUCCUCUAUUUAUUUUAUAAUUAAAAUAAUAUUGAAUUAGCAAAUUGAUAGCAAAUUGAAAGUUUCUAAUAGUGUAAAUAACUAUGGCUUGCUCUAUCGUUGUUUUUAACUUAUUGUGUAAAACAAUUUAAGUAAUAUUAUAAAUUAAUUUAUAUUUCAACCGCUUGAGAUUUUGCUCAAUCUCCAUGAAAAAAAUGAGCAUAAAAUAAAUAAAAAGUGCAUUUAAAUUCGUGAAAUUUUGAUAAAGUUAUAAAAUCCAUGACCCGCAGUAUUUGUAUAGAGUAAAGAAUUUUAUAGAAAGGCCACAAAUAUUUCGGCUUAGACUAAACUCAGGGAUUUGGCUGUAGGUACUAUGUUUAGUACUUCAAUAGAUAAUAAUUUACGUGAUAGAAUCGCUGUGUAAUUUAAAACCAAUUUUAUAGAGGGCAAAUUAAAUUAAACUAUGAUAAUUAUCCAGCAACUAAGGAACCCUCUAAAACUGUUGCCUACCCCUGACUUUUGAAUAAUAAUUCCUGUUGUAAUCCACCCUUCUUUGCAGAUGAUAGUUUACGAUUUGUGCUUAGCCAUCUUAACGUUCAUUUUAAAGUAGGUAUUGGGUGAAUAAUAGCAGCUACUAAUUAAGGUUUAACUAUAUUUCUUCUAGAUAUCAACCUUCAAACACGUAGCAUUACAUUAUCCGUCCUUGUUUCACUCGUAGAAAGUCCUCAAUUCGUAAACUAUCAUUAAGUUUUAAAAGGGUGGUGAUAUAAUUUCUAAGUGCUAAUGUUUCUGUUUUUAUAUUACAAAGGUACAAUGUUUUGUGAACAUAAGAACCGCUCUUCCAACGAGAUGUGUAUUUGCGAACCCGAAAUCAGUUUCUACGAGAUUAAACAUAAGUUACCGAA